AUGCCUCCACCACCUCACAUCAAGCCUGAGAAUGUUCUCAAGAGGGCUCAGGAACUUAUCGCCGUCGGCCAGGCGCCCGCCGCCCUGACCGUCCUUCACGAACAUGUCACCUCGAAGCGCACCCGCAGCAGCCCCAUCGCGUCGCUCGAGCCGGUGAUGCUGCUCUUCGUUGAGCUUUGUGUCGACCUGCGCAAGGGAAAGGCCGCCAAGGAUGGCCUAUACCAGUACAAGAACAUCGCCCAGAACACCAACGUCGGCACCAUCGAGGUCGUCCUCAAGAAGUUCAUCGAGCUCGCCGAACAGAAGGUCACCGAGGCCCAGGCCAAGGCCGACGAGAUCCAGUCCUCCCUCGAGUCCGCUCCCUCCUCCUCCAACGUUGAGGAUCUGGAGGCCAUCGAGACCCCCGAGACCAUCCUGCUGGCCACCGUCUCCGGUGAGCAGUCCCGUGACCGCACCGACCGCGCCGUCGUCACUCCCUGGCUCAAGUUCCUGUGGGAGACCUACCGUACCGUCCUCGAGAUCCUCAAGAACAAUGCCCGUCUCGAGAUUAUGUACCAGGCCACCGCCCUGCAGGCCUUCCAGUUCUGUCUCAAGUACACCCGCAAGACCGAGUUCCGCCGUCUUUGCGAGCUGCUCCGCAACCACGUUCAGAAUGCCGCCAAGUACUCUACCCAGAUGCACGCCAUUAACCUGAGCGACCCGGAUACCCUGCAGCGCCACCUGGACACCCGUUUCCAGCAGUUGAACGUCGCUGUUGAGCUGGAGCUCUGGCAGGAGGCCUUCCGCAGCAUUGAGGACAUUCACACCCUGCUGAACCUGAGCAAGCGCCCGGCCAAGAACGUCAUGAUGGCCAACUACUACGAGAAGCUGGCCCGCAUCUUCCUCGUCAGCGAGAACUAUCUCUUCCACGCUGCGGCCUGGAACCAGCACCAAGAAGGAGAACCCCCCGUCACCGAGGCCGACAUGACCAAGGCCGCUUCUUUCGUCCUUCUUUCUGCUCUCUCCAUCCCCGUGAUCAGCACUACCCGCUCUCGCGGUGCUUUGGUCGACGUUGAUGAGGCCCGCAAGAACAAGAACACCCGCCUGACUAACCUGUUGGGUAUGGCCCAGCCUCCCUCCCGCCAGGUUCUGUUCCGCGAUGCUCUCAACAAGGGUCUCCUCAAGCGUGUUCGCCCCGAGAUCCGCGAUCUGUACAACAUCCUCGAGGUCGACUUCCACCCGCUCUCAAUCUGCAAGAAGAUCACCCCCAUCCUGAAGAAGAUCGGUGCCGACCCCGAGAUGGAGAAGUACGUUGUGCCUCUGCAGCAGGUCAUCCUGACCCGCCUGUUCCAGCAGCUGUCGCAGGUCUACGAGUCCGUUGAGCUCAAGUUCGUCUACGAGCUUGCCCAGUUCCCCGACCCCUUCCAGAUCACCCCCGCCAUGAUCGAGAAGUUCAUCAUGAACGGCUGCAAGAAGGGCGACCUGGCCAUCCGUGUUGACCACAUCUCUGGUGUUCUGACCUUCGACUCGGAUGUCUUCUCUUCCUCUAAGGCCAUGCACGCUGGCAGCGCUGCCGGCUCCGCCGAGAGCGAGAUUGGCUCCGUCCAGCGUCUCCAGCACACCCCUGCUGAGAUUGCUCGCUUCCAGCUCGCCCGUCUGGCCAAGACUCUCCACGUUACUUGCAUGUACGUGGACCCCUCCUACAACGAGGCUCGUCUCCAGGCCAAGCAGACCGCUCAGGCCCGUGCUCUGGCUGGUGCCGCUCAGGAGCACGAGGAGACUCUGGCUCGUCGUGUCAUCAUCGACAAGAAGAAGGAGGCUGCUACCGAUGCUCUCAACCGCAAGCAGCGUGAGGAGGAGACUCGCAAGCGUCUCCGCACCCAGCAGCUCCAGGAGGCUGAGAAGCAGCGUCUUGCUGACGAGCAGCGUGAGCGUGAGCUCAAGCGCGUCAAGGAUGAGCAAGACCGCAUUCGUGCUGAGGAGCUCAAGAAGCAGCUUGAGGAGCUCAAGACCGGCGUUAAGGGUCUUGACAUUAGCGAGUUCGAUCCCGAGGAGCUGGAUGCCAACCGCCUGCGUGCCAUCAAGCUGGCUCACCUCGAGAAGGAGAAGAACGAGCUCAACGACCGCGUGCGCACCACUGCCAAGCGCAUUGACCACUUGGAGCGUGCCUUCCGUCGCGAGGAGGCCAAGCACGUCCCCACCGAUUACGAGGCCCAGAAGAAGCAAGACUUGGAGCUCUACGAGGCCCAGAAGGCCGAGACUCUCAAGGAGGCCAAGCAGAAGCACGCCGAGGCCGUUGCCCUCAAGCACCGUCUGGGUCGUCUCGUGCCCCAGUUCUCCAGCUUCCGCAAGGAGCUGUCCGAGAAGCGCCACGAGGAGUUCGAGAAGCGCCGCAAGGCCGCCGAGCGCGAAUUCGAGGCCAAGAAGAAGCAGCGUGUCAAGGAGGUGCAGGAGCGCCGUCGUCGCGAGAAGCAGGAGCGCGAGGAGGAGGAGCGCCGUCGCAAGGAGGAGGAAGAGCGUGCCGCUCGCGAGGAGGAAGAGCGCGUGGCCCGCGAGGAGGAGCGUCGUCGUGCUCUGGCCGAGGAGAAGGCCAAGCGCGAAGAGGAGCGAGCCAAACUCGACGAGAUGGCUCAGAAGCAGAAGCAGCGCGAGGAAGAGGCCGAGGCCCGACGCAAUGCCCGCAAGACGGGUGGUGCUUACGUCCCCGAGCCUACUACCGAGCGUACCGCACCCCGUCUCAAUCUCGCUUCUCGUCCUGCUGCAGCAGCUGCUGCUGCUGCUGCUGGUGGUGGUGGUGGCUGGAGAGAGCGUAUGGCCGCCAAGGAGGCCAGUGGUGCUGCCCCCGAGCCUGCUCGGGAGGAGCCCGCUCCUCUCCGCAAGGGUGGCUACGUUCCUCCUCACAUGCGUGGCGCUGCCUCCUCUGGUUCCGCCCCGCCUGCUCGUGAGAACGGCCCCAGCGAGCGUUCCGACCGUUUCGAGCGUCCUGAGCGCUCCGAUCGCUUCGAGCGCCCCGAGCGUGCUGAGCGUACCGACCGCUUCGUCCCCCGUCACCUGCGUGACCCCUCCGCUGCCACCCCCGAGGCUCCCCCCGCUGCUAAGCCCGAGGAGUCCAAGCCCAGCGGUGGUAAGUGGGUUCCCCGCUGGAAGCAGCAGCAGUCGUAA